AUGAACGACAAGGACCCGCCGCCGUUUGGCUACACCUUCACCAACGACUUCUUCGACGGCCCGCCCGCCACCUACGACCACAAUGGCCAGUCCAUCCUCAGCGACAUGGAGAACCAGCAGCUCGACAACUUCUUCUCCUCGACCAAUCCCUUUGACCUCGUCGACUCGCAAGCCCUGCCACCCGCCCUCGACACCAAGGCGAGCGCCCACGACUACAACAACUGGGAAGACUUCAUAGCCCCGCCCACCGUCCACCGCGUGACCAGCACUAUACCAGACCAGGCCCGUCUGCAGAACAACUUCCACCAAGACCAGCAAUACCCUUCGUCGCUCCACACAGAUUUCCUAGGCAAUACCCAGGAUGAGCUCCAGGCAGCCACGGCUCUCUUCAACCAGGCCCAGCCUUCAUACACGAACGGCCGCUCGCACAGCUUCCAUGAACUAUCUACCGCCUCCAACGGCUUCGAUGCGAGUAGGGCACCCGAUCUGAAUCUCAACACGCUGCCCAUGACAAUGCCCCAACAUGGCCUUAUACACGAACGCUUGGGAUCAUUAGUACCGAACCACAACGCCCAAGCCACCGACGCCCAGUAUGCCUCACAAUGGGCAGCGAGCCAGGCGCCACAACAACACCACUCCGAAUUUGGCCCACCGCUCCAGAAGCUCGACCUGAAGAGGUCGUAUACUUUCGGCACGGACAACUCUUUCAACAGCCCAUCCGGUUACUCAAUACCCAACGGUCAUCCAGACGCAGAGAGCGCAGCUAGGGCCUCAAUACAAGACAUUGAAGAAACUUCACACCACAUCCUACGAGCCGUAGCCGGCAUACAAGGCCCAAGUACCCCUACCACCUACACCCGCGGGCCACGAGACUCCGACGAGCAGUCCGAAGACGCCGAAUCCGACGACGAAGACGAAGACCGGCCAGCGAAGAAGCGGAAAAAGAGCCAGGUGCGAUAUAGCAAAGACACACCCAAGAAAGCCGCGCGCAAUGCCAAGGCUCGGAAAGCGUCUACGGUGGAGGACAGUACGAAGAAGAAGCGGGCGUCCACUGCGGCUCAGAAGGCACAUCGCGAGAAUCUCACUGAGGAGCAGAAGCGGAAUAAUCAUAUCUUGUCGGAGCAGAAGCGGAGGGAUUUGAUCAAGCAGGGGUACAAGGAUUUGAAUGAGGUUGUGCCUGCUGUAAGAGGUGGCGGGCUGAGUAAGAGUCAGGUUCUUGUUGAGGCGGCGGCGUUCUUGGAGAAGCUGAUUGAGGAGAAUGACAAGUAUCGGGUUUCGAUGGGGUGA